AUUUACACGUUUAUGUAAAUCUUGUUUAUUUAAAUGCGUCACUUGAUUUAGGGUAUUUGUUUCUUUUGUAAAGUAUCAAUUUUAGAUAGAAUAGAAGAAAUGAAUGCAAUCGUAAAAAUGUUGUAAUUAUUGUUGUUAAUAUGUGGUAACACUUUUAUUUUUCUCAGUAUUCAUCCAUAAGUUGAUAUGUUAUAUGCUUGUUAAAAUGUUUAAAUUAAUCAGUUUACAAAGGAAACAACGCGGGAAAGCAGUACCUGUUAUUCAGGUUGUGUUUUAACCGUUGUGCCGUUGACUUGAUGGGCGGAGCACUAAACAGAGAGCUCGGGUGAGAGAGAGACCCUGGGAGAGAAGCAACUCCUGGGCAGCCCAGCCGGAGCAGAGGAGGCUCACUCUGCAGAAAUCUUCCAGAACAUUACCAGAAACCAGAAUCUUCUGACAGGUGGCGCCGUCCAACUUUGUGCCCAUCGUGCCCAACAUAAUGGCUUCCUGUCAGGAGUUUGAAGUGACCGUUCACACCUCACCUGGCCCCACCUGUGGAACCUUUAGCCACCUGUGGCUUAGCCUGAUUGGCUCUGAGGGCGAGACUCCGCCCAUCCGUGUGACCGACGGCAACAGUCAUCUCCUGCCAGGAUCGGUGUGUCCAGUCCGGGUUCAGGCCAGCAGUCCUCUGGGUCGCCUGAUUCUGGUUCGGCUCCGGCUCGAGGUUCAGACCAGAUUUCCAAACCUGGACUGGCACUGCAGCAGAGUGGAGGUCUGCAGGCUGUCUAAAGGUCAGGGGUCAGACUCAGAAACACAGGUGUUCCUGUGCGACAGAUGGCUGCGGCCAGCAGAUGGCGACGUGGAGCUCCGGAGUGGAAAGUUGUGUUUGCUGGAGGAGGAGACAGAAGAGAAGCUGAAGCAGCAGAGGCUCAGACAGCUGCAACAUCAGCAGCAGCUCAUCAGGUGGCGAAUCUUUGUUGAUGGCGCUCCGCAGUGCGUCGACGUGAACAGUCUGUUUGAACUCGGGCCAAACCUUCUUUACACACAGAAGAGUCCGGCUACUAACCUGUACUAUCUGAACGGCUUCACCACCCGAGUCGAGUCCUGGAAGAGUUUUUCAGAGCUGGAGAUGAUUUUCACCUACAGCGCACAACAGAAUGGCAUCGCCAGGUUCGUUAAGGCUCAUUGGAUGGAGGAUUGGUAUUUUGGCUACCAGUGUCUGAACGGCAGCAACCCUCUCAUGCUCCGUGAGACCCGCCACCUCCCUCCAAACCUGUCUGUCACCUCUGACAUGCUCCGCCCCUUCCUGCCUGAAGGCUCCUCCCUCGAAAAAGAGCUACAGAAAGGCAACAUUUACCUGUUGGACUACGAGGUUCUAGACGGUGUUCCAGCCAACGUGAUCAAUGAAAAGCAGACGUAUCUGUCCGCCCCGCUGUGCCUUCUCCACCUGAACCAGCAGGGGCAGCUGCUCCCCAUCGCCAUCCAGCUGCAGCAGAAACCUGGCCCUCAGAACCCGGUCUUCCUGCCCUCUGACUCUGGCUACGAUUGGCUGUUGGCUAAGAUGUGGGUUCACAGUGCAGACUUCCAGUGCCACCAGCUGAUCUCACAUUACCUGCGGACUCACAUGAUGGCAGAGCUGUGCUGCGUGGCCACGCUGCGGCAGCUCCCAGAUGCACAUCCACUGCACCAGCUGCUACUGCCGCACGUCAAGACAUCUUUAAAGAUAAACUUCGGGGCCAGAGCGUCACUGCUGGCCUCCAAAGGACUGUUUGAUCAGGCUGUCGGUUCUGGUCUGGCGACAUUACCCCUUCUCCUCUCCAGGGGAUCGGCCAGGAUUUCCUAUCGAACCCUGUGCGUCCCCGAAGACUUGAGCGACCGCGGUUUGGACAAACUGCCGCAGAGCUUCUACGCCCAGGACGCUCUGAGGAUCUGGGACACAGUGCACAGGUUUGUAACCAGCUGGGUGGAACUGUAUUACCACGGAGACGACGCGGUGCAGCGUGACCCCGAGCUCCAUGGUUGGCUCACAGACAUCAACGCUCACGGCUUCAGUAAUGGUUUCCCUCAGCGCUUUCACACCAGAGCAGAAGUGGCCAAGUUUGUCACCGCGCUCAUCUACUCCUGCUCUGCUCUGCACGCUGCUGUCAACUUCUCCCAGCUGGACUUUGCCUUCUGGGUGCCAAACUGUCCGGUCGCCAUGUUGCGCCCUCCUCCGCAGGUCAAAGGCGCCGUCACAGAAGAUGACAUCAUGUCCUUCCUGCCAGAUGUGAACACGACGUGCCGCGUCCUGAUGGCGCUGAAUGGGCUGUCGCAGCCAGCCAUCGACUUUGUUCCUCUCUGUCACUACAAGGAGGCUAUUUUCAGGGAGGACGCUCACCGCAGGCUGUUGGAGGAGGUGCAGGCACAGCUCCGGGACAUCUCUGACGCCAUCGCAGAGCGUAACAGCCAGCUGGAGCUGCCGUAUCCGUACCUGAGCCCCGAGCGCAUCGAGAACAGCGUGGCCAUUUAGUAACUGUCAUCGUCCUCACCUGCGAUCAUCAUUUCCAACAGGAAAAAAACCUCUCCAUGCACCUAAUUAUCGAUAAUCGUUCCUGUUUUUUAAAUCUGAUCAUGUGACGGACUAAUCGUUUCUGCUGGGAUACUUCUCUUCAAACCGCAACAUUUUUCACGUACUAACUUUUUUCUUUUCUUCGAGGUGACUGUAACGCGCCUUAAACUCAGAUGUUCUCCGACUCUGGUGAAGGACUCAUGAUGAAAUUAAUGGCUUGCUUUGUGAGCUCACCAAAUUACUUUGUUUGGCGUCAAUGAAGUGACUUGGUGUGAGCUCACACUGUGUUACAUGAGUACACGAGUUUAAAUAUUAGAGUAAGUCUCUAUUCUAAUGUCUAAGGAGCUUGGAAAGAAAUCAUCUUGACCUUAAGAAGACGUUUCACCUCUCAUCCGAGAAGCUUCUUCAGUUCUAAGGUCAAAUGGUGGAGAGUCCC